CCAGAAUCUCGAUCAGCCCCGCCCUGCCGACCGCCUCGGACCACCAUCGACCCCGACCACCCUGCGCAUACCGUGUCGAUCUGAUCGCACCGUCUGCAGCGGCAUCGUAUUGCACAUCCAUCAGCAUCUGAUCGGCGCCGGGAAGUGGAACCAUGAGCGACGUUGAAGAUGACGAUAUCCGUGCCAUCCAGGAGCAGCGCAAGGCUCUUCUGGCAAAAGGCAGCGCCUUUGGCCGAUCCACCAACACAUACGACGAAGUCGAGGGCUUUGGCUCUUCGGGCGGGGCUCAUGCCGAGUACGACGACUCGCUGCCCAUCAACGAGAGCCACGACGACUUUGACCCGAUGCACACGCAGCCCAAGAAGAGGCUGGCAUCCUACACUGCCCCAAAGGCCAUCCUGGAUGAGAUGGCUACUCUCGGGGCCGAUGAUGAGGACAGCCUCGACCCCAUGGCACGCACCUCCCGCAAGGUCAUCGAUCGCGAGGACGAUUACCGCAAGCGGCGUCUGAACCGCCAGCUAUCCCCCGAGCGAGUCGAUGCAUUUUCCAACCAAGAGCCCACGGCUGGGCAGCGCAGUUAUGCUGACGUCAUGAGAGAGGCCGAACUGGAGAAGGAGGAAGCCCGUGUCCGGAAGUUGAUCCAGGAGAAGCGGAGCGAGGCUGCCGAGAAUGACAAGUCCGGAGCGGCUGCGAGCUCGUCGACACAGCCUGCGCCUCGGAAACGUCGCUGGGACCAGGCUGCUGUUGUCCCUACAUCCGAUAGCGAGAGUCACAGCACCAGCCCGCCCAAGUCCGAGUGGGAGGAGGACGAGAAGCCCACCAAGACGUCCUCGAACCGCUGGGACGAGACCCCCGUUGCUGCCUCAGCCGCUCCGACCCCGCGCAAACGCAAUCGAUGGGACGAGACCCCUGUGGCCGCAAGCACACAGUGGGAUGCGACUCCCAAGCAGGCCGGGCCGGCUGCCACACCGACAGCUGGCAGGCGGUCGCGUUGGGACGAGACCCCUGUUGCUGGGUCGUCCCAGUUCGCAGCUACCCCGGUUGGAGGCUUGGGUUUGCUCACGCCGACGCCUGGACAGGUCCAGGUCCCCAUGACCCCCGAGGCCGUCAAUGCAAUGCGCUGGGAAAAGGAAAUCGACUACCGGAACCGAGAGCUCACCGACGAGGAGCUCGAUGCUAUGUUUCCCACGACUGGCUACAAGAUCCUUGAGCCCCCAGCCACUUACCAGCCUAUCCGCACCCCUGCGCGCAAGCUCAUGCAAACACCCACCCCGAUGGCCGGUCAGGUUGGCGCCGGCUUCAUGAUGCAGGAAGAGGAUCGGCACCAGCAGUAUGAUAUUCCUCCGGAGCUUUCCGGCGUCGGAAAUCUCCAGUUCUUCAAGCCCGAGGACAUGCAGCACUUUGGAAAGCUCUUUGAUGAAAAGGAAGAGUCGGAUCUGUCCGUGGACGAGCUCAAGGAGCGCAAGAUCAUGCGCCUGCUUCUCAAGAUCAAGAAUGGCACGCCGCCCAUUCGCAAGAUCGCCUUGCGACAGAUCACGGACAAGGCCCGCGAGUUUGGUGCCGGCCCGCUCUUCAACCAGAUCCUCCCGCUGCUCAUGUCACCCACCCUGGAGGACCAGGAGCGCCACUUGCUUGUCAAGGUCAUUGACCGAAUCCUCUACAAGCUCGACGACCUUGUUCGCCCGUACGUUCACAAAAUCCUUGUCGUCAUCGAGCCGCUGCUCAUUGACGAGGAUUACUACGCCCGCGUCGAAGGACGCGAGAUCAUCAGCAACCUCAGUAAGGCUGCCGGCCUGGCCUUUAUGAUCCCAACCAUGCGCCCGGACAUUGAUAACCCCGAUGAAUAUGUCCGCAACACCACUGCGCGAGCCUUUUCGGUCGUCGCCUCGGCGCUCGGCAUUCCUCAGCUCCUUCCUUUCUUGCGCGCCGUGUGUCGGUCGCAAAAGUCGUGGCAGGCGCGACAUACAGGCAUCAAGAUUGUGCAGCAAAUCGCCAUUCUGAUGGGCUGCGCUGUCCUUCCGCACCUCAAGAGUUUGGUUGAGGCCAUCGUCCACGGGAUCACCGAUGAACAGCAGAAAGUGCGAACCAUCAGCGCACUGGCAAUUGCGGCUUUGGCUGAAGCAGCUGCACCAUACGGCAUCGAAUCCUUUGACUCGGCCCUGCGUCCACUCUGGGAGGGCACCAAGAAGCAUCGCGGCAAAGGUCUGGCUGCAUUCUUGAAGGCCGUUGGCUACAUCAUCCCCCUGAUGGCCCCCGAGCACGCCAACUUCUACACUCGCCAAGUGAUGGUGAUUCUGAUCCGCGAGUUCCAGUCACCCGAUGAAGAAAUGAAGAAAAUCGUUCUCAAGGUCGUCAAGCAGUGCACGGCGACGGAUGGCGUCUCGGCCGAAUACAUCCGCACCCAGAUCCUGGACGAGUUCUUCAAGCACUUUUGGGUUCGAAGGAUGGCUCUGGACCGCCGCAAUUAUAAGCAACUGGUCGAGACGACAGUCGAGCUGGCCCGCAAGGUCGGAGUCUCUGAAAUCGUCAAGCGGAUCGUCGAGGAUCUGAAGGACGAGAGCGAGCCCUAUCGCAAGAUGGUUAUGGAGACGAUCGACAAGGUGGUCUCGGAGCUCGGCACGGCCGAUAUCGACGAUCGCCUCGAGGAGAUCCUGAUUGACGGCAUCUUGUAUGCCUUCCAGCAGCAGACCAUUGAAGACGUUGUCAUCUUGAACGGCUUUGGCACGGUCGUGAACUCGCUUGGUUUGCGCGUCAAGCCCUACAUCACUCAGAUCGAGGGCAACAUCCGAUGGCGCCUCAACAACAAAUCCGCCAAGGUCCGUCAGCAGGCUGCCGACUUGAUCUCCCGGAUCGUCGUCGUGAUGAAGAACUGCGGUGAAGAGGCCGUCAUGGCUAAGCUCGGUGUGAUUCUGUAUGAGUAUCUUGGCGAAGAGUAUCCAGAGGUGCUCGGCAGUAUCCUGGGUGCUCUCAAGAGCAUCGUCAAUGUCAUUGGCAUGAGCAACAUGACUCCCCCCAUCAAGGAGCUCCUUCCUCGGCUGACUCCGAUCCUGAAGAACCGACACGAGAAGGUGCAGGAGAACUGCAUCGACCUGGUUGGCCGCAUCGCUGAUCGUGGCGCCGAGUAUGUCUCGGCCCGCGAAUGGAUGCGCAUCUGCUUCGAGCUCCUGGACAUGCUCAAGGCCCACAAAAAGGCAAUCCAGCGUGCCACUGUCAACACUUUCGGCUACAUUGCCAAGGCGAUUGGUCCGCAGGAUGUACUGGCAACGCUCUUGAACAACCUCAAGGUCCAGGAGCGCCAGAACCGUGUGUGCACCACCGUUGCCAUUGCCAUCGUUGCCGAAACGUGCUCACCCUUCACGGUCCUGCCGGCGCUCAUGAACGAGUACCGCGUUCCGGAGCUCAACGUCCAGAACGGCGUUUUGAAGAGUUUGAGCUUCCUGUUCGAGUACAUUGGCGAGAUGGGCAAGGAUUAUGUCUAUGCGGUCACGCCGCUGCUGGAGGAUGCUCUGAUGGACCGCGAUCUGGUCCAUCGCCAGACGGCCUGCACCACGGUCAAGCACAUGGCCCUCGGUGUCGUUGGUCUGGGCUGCGAGGACGCCAUGCAUCAUCUCCUCAACUAUGUCUGGCCGAACAUCUUUGAAACCUCGCCGCACGUUAUCAAUGCUGUCAUGGAGGCCAUCGAGGGACUGCGUGUGGCUUUGGGCCCAGCCGUGAUUCUGCAGUACGUUCUUCAAGGGCUGUUCCAUCCCGCUCGCCGAGUGCGCGAGAUUUACUGGAAGAUAUACAACAGCUUGUACAUCGGUGCCCAAGGCGCCCUUGUGGGCUACUAUCCCCGAGCCGAGAACGACAGCAACAACAUCUACCAGCGCUACGAGCUCGACCUGAUUGUGUGAGCCCUGCACUGCAAACAUUUGCGAGGGUUGGUGGAGGGCUUGGCUCGCACCGCACCACCUCCCAUGGCUCCCAAGCCCGUCCAAUAUCCUGGUAUCAAGCGGUGCUGACAGACGCUUGGGCUUGGCACGAAAGCGGUAGUGUUGUGAAAUCGACAACGAAAUAUAUGCUGCCGCAGUUAUCGAGCGGCGCCUAUCAAUCGAGCA